AACACUUUGAGCAUUUAACAGUACUCUGCGUGUGUGAUACGUUAAUAAAAGUACAUUUGUGAGUUUGUGUGUUUGCAUAUAUUUUCAUACAUGUGCGCGAGUGCGUAUACCAUUGCAAUAAAUAUGUUAUGGGUAGUAUCGACUGAUCCUUGGUGAAAGUGUUAAUAAUAUUUAUAAUAGUGGACGGACAACUUUUGUAACACGCUUGUGCAGUUUCUCAAGGAGCAGGGACAUUUAGUGCUGUUAGUGUUUUUUUUUUUUUUUUGUUUUGUUUGGUUUUUUUCUUUCUUUCUACGGUCGCUGUUUUUGUUAUUGUUAUUGUUGAAGUUUCAACGUGAAAUAUUUGUAUGGUGGUGUUACCAAAGAACGGUAUCAGAGAACUGGAGUACGAGGUGCAGGAAGACGGCGUUUACCACAGGAUUAUGUUCGGCAACAGUGAUUUGCUUGAAGAAAUCGUCGAGACGACCGAGGAGCAGGAGUCAGACCUUUGCGGCAGCGGCGAGACAGUCGAGGAGUGCAGCGGUCUGCCGAUCGGGGAGUUUGCCGAGGAGAUCGAGCAGAAGCCGUCGAUAAUCGGCCUCGUGGUCAACAACUUUCAAGUAACAGCGGAACCAGCGGCCAGCAACGGCGCGUCUUUGGGCUCAUCGGCAAGCGCGAUGACGACGACCACCGGUAAACAGCACAAGAGCAGCCGAUCGUCCAGCAACAACAGUAACCAUCACAAUCACCACAGCAACAAUGGGAACGGUAACACGUCGGACCCGAUUGGCGGCACCGCCGCGGCUGCCAGUUCUGCCGAGGCUGGUACGACCUCGUCCUCGUCUACGGGACCUACGGCACCAAAUCACAUAGAACAGGAGAAACGGAUGCGGCGGGAGAUAGCCAACAGCAACGAGCGCAGGCGCAUGCAGAGCAUCAACGCCGGCUUCCAGUCUCUCAGGCACCUGCUACCGCUCAACGAGGGCGAGAAAUUAUCAAAGGCGGCGAUACUCCAGCAGACCGCCGAGUACAUAUACCAGCUCGAGCAGCAGAAGACUCAAUUACUGUCGCAAAAUCUGCAAUUGAAACGGCUGGUGGACCAGCACGAGGGAGGCGAAGCGCCGCCCAACAAGAAGCGCAAAAAUGACAGCCAAGGGGUCGUGAUGAGCCUGCCCAUGCACGUGAGCGAAAGCGGGGACGAGGGCCUGGGCAGUAUGUCACCCGAGCCGUUGUCGGUGAUAACCGUGUCGGCCGAGGGCCACGCGGCCAUAACCGCGGCCGCCAACGAGGUCGCCGAACUGAAGCGCCAGCUGGAGCACGAGCGCGCCUCCCGAGCCCACUUGGAGAAACAGCUCAGGUCGAUGCAGAGCCAGCUGUUCCCGGAGCGCUUCCGCGAGGAGCAGCUCAUCGCCUAUCAGCCCCACGAGGUGAUCGAGCACACGAACAACGUGCUGGCGCAGGAGCUUGAGGAUGGUUUGCCAUCCCUGCAGGUGGUCUCAGUUGUCUCGGUGCCGACCGUCGGCUCGACCCAGACCAUCGAGACGAGUAACGCCGACUCAAACACUCCACCUUUAUCACCGCAGCCCGGUUGUGAGGUAAUCCUGCCCAACAACCCGGACGAGAUCGACGACGACGAGAACGACGAGGACGACGAGAACAACGUUGUUGUUCAAGGCGACAACAACGUAGGCAUCGUCGUCAGCAAGGACUGCGUGAGCGAGCUCCUCGCCAUCGAGUCCUCCCGGCCGAACAGCCCGAAGGUCCUGCAAGCCUUCCCGGUGUUCGCGACGCAGCUCGAGCAAGCCGACGCCGCCACCUACGCCGCGGCUGCUAGUCUUCCGGUCGGCCAGCCGACGACGGCCGCGGUCGCCGCCCAGUUCAUCACCGCCAGCCCCACGAGGCCCUUCUCCCCCGAUCAACAGGACCCCGCUAGCCAGCAGCCAUCCCUGCCCCAGCAGAGGCUGCCCAGCGUCCUCGAGGCCGCCAUGAAAGCCGAGCCCAAGGUCGAGGUCGAGAGGUUGCCCUCGCCCUCCAACUCGCUGGACGACGGCACGGCCCAGGGGACGCGGCUCUACCUGGCCAACACGUCGCGCCAGAACCUGGAGACGAUAGUCGAGGCGAUACGCCACCUGGAGGGUGACCACCUGUUCAGCGACGAGCCGGCCCAGGACGCCCCGCUCGCCCUUACGAACAAACCGAGCGCCGUCGGUGGCCAGCGCGUCCUCCACGCGGACGUCAACAGCUUCCUCCAGUACCACGUGCAGCAGUCCGGCGCGGUGUCGCCGGUCCAGUCGGCGCCCGUGACGACGGCCUCCCAGCAGCAGAGCCGCACCCCGCAGCAACGGCCCGGGGUCAUCGUCGUCAAGCACUCGUGAUCCCUGGCCCCGCGGCACUAGCUCCUUCCCCAGCCAGUCGCGGUCCGCCACCGCCGGACCAGGGUCGCCAAGCAGCCGC